CGCCACCAUGCCCAACUUCUCUGGCAAUUGGAAAAUCAUCCGAUCGGAAAACUUCGAGGAUUUGCUCAAAGUGCUGGGGGUGAAUGUGAUGCUGAGGAAGAUUGCUGUGGCUGCAGCGUCCAAGCCAGCAGUGGAGAUCAAACAGGAGGGAGACACUUUCUACAUCAAAACCUCCACCACCGUGCGCACCACAGAGAUUAACUUCAAGGUUGGGGAGGAGUUUGAGGAGCAGACUGUGGAUGGGAGGCCCUGUAAGAGCCUGGUGAAAUGGGAGAGCGAGAAUAAAAUGGUCUGUGAGCAGAAGCUCCUGAAGGGAGAGGGCCCCAAGACCUCGUGGACCAGAGAACUGACCAAUGAUGGGGAGCUGAUCCUGACCAUGACGGCAGAUGAUGUUGUGUGCACCAGGGUCUACGUCCGAGAGUGAGUGACCACGGGUAGAAUGGCGGCCAGAGCCCACCACUGGCCAGGCUCACCGCCCUGCUUCACUGCCCCCUCCCUCCCACUCCCUUCUUCUAGGAUAGUGCUCCCCUUACCCCAGUCACUUCUAGGGGUCACUGGGAUGCCUCUUGCAAGGUCUUGCUUUCUUUG